GUAAUUAUGUCACUGUCAGUGUCCUUUAUCUUCCUCCUGGUCGCAUCAAUCGGAGCAGUUGUUGCUGACAGCGAAAACGUGCUUGUUCUCACUGAAAGCAAUUUCGAAGAAACUAUCAAUGGAAAUGAGUUUGUUCUAGUCAAAUUCUAUGCUCCAUGGUGUGUACAUUGCAAGUCUCUUGCUCCAAAGUACGACGAAGCCGCCGAUUUGCUGAAGGAGGAAGGAUCCGAUAUCAAGCUCGCCAAGGUUGACGCCACCGAAAACCAAGCUCUUGCAUCCAAGUUCGAGGUCCGUGGAUAUCCAACUAUCCUCUACUUCAAGAGUGGAAAGCCAACGAAAUACACCGGAGGACGCGCCACCGCUCAAAUUGUCGAUUGGGUCAAGAAGAAGAGUGGACCAACUGUUACCACUGUUGAGUCAGUUGAGCAACUCGAGGAAUUGAAGGGAAAGACCAGAGUUGUUGUUCUUGGAUACUUCAAGGACGCGAAAUCUGAUGCUGCUACCAUCUACAACGAAGUUGCUGAUUCUGUCGAUGACGCAUUCUUCGCCGUUGCCGGUUCUGCUGAGGUUGCUGCUGCCGCAUCUUUGAAUGAAGAUGGAGUCGCUCUUAUCCGCACUGAUGGAGACGACAGCGAGACUAGCACAAUUGCUGAAGCUGAAAUCACCAACACCAUCGCUCUUAAGCAAUGGCUCCACGCUUACAAGCUCUCUGCCGUGACCGAGUUCACCCACGAAUCUGCUCAAGAAAUCGUCGGAGGAGACCUCAAAAAGUUCCACUUUUUGAUCAUCCGCAAGUCAGACUCUUCUUUCGAUGAGACUAUUGCCAAGUUCACUGAGGUCGCUAAGAAGUUCCGUGCUAAGAUCGUCUUUGUUCUUCUCGACGUUGAUGUUGAAGAGAACGCAAGAAUUCUCGAGUUCCUCGGAGUCGAUGCCAAGAACACCCCAGCCAACAGAAUUGUCAGCCUUGCCGAUCAAGUUGAGAAGUUCAAGCCACAAGAAGGAGAAGAUUUCGAAGCUUUCACCAACUCAUAUUUGGAAGGAAAGUCUGCUCAAGACUUGAAGGCUCAAGAUCUUCCAGAAGAUUGGAAUGCACUCCCAGUUAAGGUUCUCGUCGCCUCCAACUUCAACGAAAUUGCCCUUGAUGAAACCAAGACUGUCUUCGUCAAAUUCUACGCCCCAUGGUGCGGACAUUGCAAGCAACUGGUUCCAGUUUGGGAUGAGCUUGCUGAGAAGUACGAGUCCAACCCAAAUGUUGUCAUUGCAAAGCUUGAUGCUACUCUCAACGAGCUUGCCGACGUCAAGGUCAACUCUUUCCCAACCCUGAAGCUGUGGCCAGCCGGAUCUUCUACCCCAGUCGACUAUGAUGGAGACAGAAACCUCGAGAAGUUCGAAGAAUUUGUCAACAAGUAUGCUGGAUCUGCUUCCGAAUCUGAAACCGCAUCUCAGGAUCACGAAGAGCUUUAAAUUAAUAAUAUAUAUGUUAUUUAUUGUUUGAAGUCACGGCGUUGAAUUGUGAUUACUCGUUUUUUUUUGUUUCCAUCCGUAUAUAUUAUAUAUAUAAAACCCUAAAAAUUGAA